CGUUCACACCAGAAGAUUGUAAGCAGCUGAGAACAUGGAGACUUUGAAAGAUUUAGGUUUCUUUCUUUUCUCCAGUCCUACCACUGUACUUGGAGUAGGUCUCCUUUUCAUAAUCCUUUAUUUGGUGACUGUUGGUUCCUCCAGAGAAACGGGUAAAGAGCCUCCAGGACCAAAGCCUCUGCCUCUGCUUGGCAACCUGCUGCAGCUUGAUCUCCAGAGACCCUACAAAACACUGUGUGAGCUUUCCAAGAAAUAUGGGUCUGUAUUUACAGUUUAUUUUGGACCAAAAAAAGUGGUUGUCCUAGCCGGGUACAGGACAGUCAGAGAGGCUCUGGUCAGCAAUGCAGACGAGUUUGGAGAAAGAGAAAUCACACCUAUGUUUGCGGAUUUAGCAAAACAUCGUGGAAUUCUGUUUUCAAAUGGAGAAACAUGGAAAGAGAUGCGUCGUUUUGCCCUCAGCACCCUGAAAGACUUUGGGAUGGGGAAGAGAGUUGCAGAGGAGAAAAUCUUAGAGGAGUGUGGACACCUCAUUCAAGUGUUUGAGAGUUAUAAAGGCAAACCAUUUAACACAUCCUGUCCAACAAAUAAUGCAACAUCCAACAUCAUCGCCUCCAUCGUGUUUGGAAGCAGAUUUGAAUAUGAUGAUCCUCAAUUCAGAGGCUUGAUUAGUCGAAUCACUGAGAAUAUUAAGAUAUCUGGCUUGGCAGAAAUCCAGCUCUACAAUACAUUUCCUCGGCUGGUUGGAUGGAUAAAAAGCCGUCAUGUUAUUUUAAAAAAUGCUGAAACGACGAUGAGAAAAAUUAAGGAUUUAACCCAGAAACUGAAAGAGACACUCAACCCUCAGAUAUGCAGAGGACUGAUCGACUGUUUUCUGAUUCAAAAGCAGAAAGAUGAGGACUCUUGUGUCAAAGACACUCAGUUCACUGAGGAGAACCUGUUAUAUACAGUGUCAAACCUGUUUGGUGCUGGAACCGACACCACAGCGGCAACACUGAGGUGGGGUUUGCUGCUCAUGGCAAAGUAUCCACAAAUUCAGGACCAGGUUCAGGAGGAGCUGACCAGGGUGGUUGGAAGCCGUGAGGUUCAUGUGGAAGACCGUAAAAAUCUGCCGUACACUGAUGCUGUCAUCCAUGAGAUACAGCGGCUCGGUAACAUCGCUCCUAUGGCGAUCCCACACAAAACCAGUCGAGAUGUCACCUUUCAUGGAUAUUUUAUCAAAAAGGGAACUACUGUGAUUCCCCUCCUUACAUCUGUUCUGUAUGAUGAGAGUGAAUGGGAGAGCCCUCACACCUUCAACCCUUCUCAUUUCUUGGACAAGGAGGGAAGAUUUAUCAAGAGAGAUGCUUUUUUACCAUUUUCUGCAGGUCGCAGGGUGUGUCUAGGUGAGAGUCUGGCAAGGAUGGAGAUUUUCCUCUUCUUCACCUCUCUCCUUCAACAUUUUCGUUUCAUUCCUCCACCUGGAGUUUCUGAAGAUGAUCUGGAUCUGACUCCAGCGGUGGGAUUCACCAGCCCUCCUUCUCCUCAUGAGCUCUGUGCCAUCAGUCGGCAGUGAAGAAUGAAUCACUAGAUUGUAGUUGGUCUCUCUACCAGAACACUGAUGUUACUUUUGCAUAUCUUUACUCUAGAUGUCUCUGUGUUACUAUAAUUUGUGCACUUUAUUUUAGGAAUUUGAUUACUUUUAUUUUUUUUAGUUAUAGGCUUUAUCCCUCCUAUUUUCACUGCGUUAAUUUCACUGACUUAUGUAGAUGAUGACUCCAUUAGUUUCCAAAUACUUAUGACAUAGGAAAUUUACAGAGCAAGUAAUAAUUUAUGAUAGUUUAUUCUGAACCUUGCCCCUUAGAAGAUCUUUUUCAGAAAUUGAAAAACAAAUGGUAUAGUAACAAAACAAAUGAACAAAUAUAUAUAAUUUUGAUGAGUUAAAAUGGUAAAUGUUACUGUUACCGUAUAUGGAAAGCAAUUGAGAGGACACACCAUGGCCAGUUUGCCACAGGAGCCUCUAUUAGCUUCAACAGGGGAAGCACUGGAUGUGAGAAAAAGUCUUUGAAGUACAAGUACUCUUUUACACUUACUUAAAUCAGACAUGAACAGUAAAGCUGCAAUUUUCUACCCAUUCAUUGUGGUAACUUCCUUUGUGAUGCUUUGUGGAUAGAAAAUGUCAUAUUUUGGGCAUGCUGUGGUGGCAUAAAGCAUCAUUACUUAUUGUUGGUCUAUCACAGUAAAAUUGCCAAUGAAA